AUGGUCCGCCCAUUAGUACUUCUAGCUUCUCUCGCUCCUUUUGUCACAGCCAGUUGGAACAUCAAUAACCAGCAGAAUAGACAUGCCUGUCAAACACAAACACAAAACCCUUUGGAUGGGUGUGAUUUGAAAAGGACGAAAUAUGUAGGAAGUGGUUCCAAUUUCAAGACGGUGCAGUCUGCCGUUGCGAGCUUACCAAACAAUAAUGAUACAUAUAUUAUUCUUAUUGCAUCUGGCAACUACACGGAGCAGGUCAACGUCACUCGUCCUGGUCCUACAUAUUUGCUUGGUGAAACCGCAAAUCCUUACAAUCAAUCUGCAAAUACAGUGAAUAUCAUCUGGAGCGCGAUUGCUGGCAAAGGGGAUAACGCUUACACGUCCACUUUGACUGUUGCGCCUACUCUCAAUGCGUCUUUCACUGGAAGUGGCCCGACCGGGUUUGCUGUCCCACCAGGAACGCCAUUUGGAUCCAAAGACUUCAGAACAUAUAACCUGAAUUUCAUCAAUGAUUUUGCGCCAUACACUGAUGGACCUUCCCUCGCAUUGAGCAUAAGCUAUGCAAACGGUGGUUUUUACUAUACCGGCUUUUACAGCUACCAAGAUACUGUCUAUGUAGGCAAACUAUCCAAUUCGUACAUGUCUCAAUCUGUCGUCGCCGGUCAGACCGACUUCCUUUAUGGUUUCGGGACUCUCUUCAUUAACAACACGCUGCUCUCUCUCCGAUCAUGCGGAGGCGGAAUUACAGCUUGGAAGGGAACAAACACGACCUUUGAGAACAAAUAUGGAGUAUACAUUGUAGAUUCAUCAGUACAGAAAGCAAACAGUAGUUUGAGCAUCAAAGGAGCCUGUCCACUUGGUAGACCUUGGAACGCACAAAUGCGAGCAAUCUUCGCCCGCACCUACCUCGAUGAUUCGAUUCUUCCCACAGGAUACAUUGACUGGAUUCCUGCUCGCUACAAUGCCACCAAUGGUAACUACAGCACUACUCAAGCUGAGUAUAAGAAUUAUGGACCAGGUUACAACGCGACUGCGAGAGCCGCUUCGUUGUUUGAUGUGCAGCUCAGCGACUCGCAAUGGGCGCCAUACAGUAGUCCCGCUAAAGUAUUCCAAGAUCCUUCAGGAACUUUCGGUGAUGUAAGCUGGGUUGAUUUCAGCGUUUAA